AUGUCAGGAGCCUCCAAGGAGAGUUUGGGACCAGUGUUGGGCAAGGCCUGCUUAACCACCAUGGACAGAAAGCUUAACAUGCUGAAUGAGAAGGUUGACAAACUCCUGCAUUUCCAAGAAGAUGUCACAGAGAAACUACAGUGUGUGUGCCAAGGCAUGGGCCACCUAGAGCAAGGCCUGCACCGGCUGGAGGCCUUCCAAGGGUUGGGCCCAGGGGCGGCUGAUAGUGCCCCUCCAGCUGACACUCAGGCUGGGUGGACUGAGGUCCUAGAGCUGGUGAGGGCUGUGCGACAGGAUGGUGCCCAGCAUGGUGCCAAACUUGAAGCUCUCUUCAGAAUGGUGGUGGCUGUGGACAGGGCCAUCGCUUUGGUGGGGGCUGUGUUCCAGAACUCAAAGGUGGUGGAYUUCAUCAUGCAAGGGAGCAUUCCUUGGAGAAAAGGCAGCCUGGUUGACAGCCACGAGGAGAUGAGAAAAGUGAGAUGCAGAGAAGUUAAGGAGCACAGCCAAGUGGUGAAGAUGGGGUUCAAAUCCAGCAAAUCUACUUUGAGAGUCUGUGUUCCUGCUCCUAGAGAGGGGGAUGGGGAUGACCAGAGCCAGAAGGCCGACCUGUCAGAGGGGACAGUGGAGAGGCUGCCCUCCUUCAGCACUUCAGGAAUGGGUGCUGACCUCGUCUCCCAGGCAGGGGCCUCAGCUGGGCAGGUGGAUGGGGUUCUUGGCCCAGGCCAGGUACCUCUUGGCCACCUGCUGCUGCCCACAGAGGUUGAAGCCAAAGAUCCUGAGACAUCCAGUGAGAACCCUGGGACUUGCCUGGAAUUGUCUGCAGCAUCUAAAAGGGUCAUCGAGGCCCCCACCAGCCAGGAUGUGACACCAAGUACAGGACAAGGAACAUCAUCCAGCAAGCUUGAUCCUCAGUCCUCAGAAGAAGUCUUAUGGUUGACUUCAGGGCCCAGUUCUGAGCCCCCAAGGGCACCAKCUCUCUCCAGGGCAGCUCACAGUGGUGGAGAAUCUCCGCUAAGAAUCUCCAUCCACGUGCAAGAGAUGGAUACUCCCGGGGAACUUCUUGUGACACGACGGGGCAGCCUCAGACCCACUCCUUCUGCAGAGGUUCCAGCAGCUGCCCAUCCCAGUGAGCAGGACUUGCCUGGGCCCAGGUGCUGCUCCGAAGCUCCUGGGACUGAGCUGGGAGAACAAAACCCCAAAGAAGCCAAAGAGUUUAUCCCACUGCAGAAGAGAAGCACCGAGGCGGGAGCAGAUGCUGAGGAGAAGCAAGGGCCUGUGGCUGAGCCUGCCACAGGACCAAGCUUCAUCAGGAGGGACAAGGGAGAUGACCCUGCUGGGACCUCAGCCCUGCAGCAGGACAAAAACUUAGGAGCAGGACAUCCUGAGCCUGGGAAUGACUGUGCAGCUGGGGUCAUUCCAAGAACUGAAACAGGAAGGAGGACACCCCCAGAUGAUGGGGCUGGCAGCCUGGUUCUGGAUGACAGCCCAGCUCCACCAGCCCCUUUUGAACACCGGGUGGUGAGUGUCAAGGAGACCUCCAUCUCAGCAGGUUACACGGUGUGCCAGCAUGAAGUCUUGGGAGGGGGCCGGUUUGGCCAGGUUCACAAGUGCACAGAGAAGUCCACAGAUCUCCCACUGGCCGCCAAGAUCAUCAAAGUGAAGAGUGCUAAAGACCGGGAGGAUGUGAAGAAUGAGAUCAACAUCAUGAACCAGCUCAGCCAUGUGAACCUAAUCCAGCUCUAUGAUGCCUUUGAGAGCAAGAACAGCUUUACCCUGGUCAUGGAGUAUGUGGAUGGGGGUGAACUUUUUGACCGGAUCACAGAUGAAAAGUACCAUCUGACGGAACUGGACGUGGUCUUGUUCAUCAAGCAGAUCUGCGAGGGUGUGCAUCACCUCCACCAGCACUACAUUCUGCACCUAGACCUCAAGCCAGAGAAUAUACUGUGUGUAAAUCAGACAGGACACCAAAUUAAGAUCAUUGACUUUGGGCUGGCCAGAAGGUACAAGCCUCGGGAAAAGCUGAAGGUGAAUUUUGGUACUCCUGAGUUCCUGGCCCCAGAAGUUGUCAACUAUGAGUUUGUUUCAUUCCCCACCGACAUGUGGAGUGUGGGAGUCAUCACCUACAUGCUACUCAGUGGUUUGUCCCCAUUCCUAGGGGAAACAGAUGCAGAAACCAUGAAUUUUAUUGUGAACUGUAGCUGGGAUUUCGAUGCUGACACCUUUGAAGGGCUGUCAGAGGAGGCCAAGGACUUUGUUUCCCGGCUACUUGUCAAAGAGAAGAGCUGCAGAAUGAGUGCCACACAAUGCCUGAAACAUGAAUGGUUGAAUAAUUUGCCCGCCAAAGCCUCAAAAUCCAAAGUUCGUCUCAAAUCCCAACUAUUGCUGCAGAAAUACAUGGCCCAGAGAAAAUGGAAGAAACAUUUCUACGUGGUGGCUGCUGCGAACAGGUUAAGGAAAUUUCCAACUUGUCCCUAAUCUUCAACUCUGCUGCUCCAGUGGGCCCAGAAAUUAUUGAGGCCAGUGGUGAUGUGAAGAGAUGACUCAAGAUUUUAAGUAAUAUGACCUUCUACUAUUAUUGAUUCCUCUUAUUUUGUAAAAAAAAGUUCUGGCUAUUGCCUUAUGGACAAAAGUGGCUAAAAAGAAAAUAUCUUAGGAGCUUUGUUUCCGCCUUGUAAGAUCACUAGGUUUGAAAUGCUGUGUUUACUUUUCAAGUAUUCCUCCUUUUGACAAUAAGCGUAGGCAUGCUUAGGUAGGUAGGAAAGGUCCUACUUUGCAUAGAAUCAAAUUAAAUUCUAAACUUAAUGUGAUUAAAGAACUCAGUAGACACAAAGAUAUAUUAUUAUUAUCUCGUCCAGUACAAAGAAUGCCAAAACAAGAAUUCCUAGAAGUUUGAUCUAUCUUGAACUUCCUGCUCUAGUGUCAAACUAUGUGGGCUUAGGACAGUAAUCCUCAAAUUUGUUUUAAUUUAUGCUCCCUUUGAGAAUCAACAUUGAUGUGUAUUCUUUAGUAUCAUUUGCAAUCUUGAAAUAUAUCAACUGUUACAGCUAAAUCUGAUAAUUUGGAAUGUGUGUUUUAAACUCUACAUACCUUCAUUCUUUUCUAAAUUUUGUCCCGUCCUGACUCCCUUUUCUUGGGUAUGAAUCUCUGGUUUUGUAAGCCUGGAAGCUGAUCUACAAAAUAUAGUGUAAUGAUGUUCAGCUGAGAGAAACACAGGAAUGUUACAUUAUGAAGCAAUAAAGGAAAACUGCUCUCUUACUGCUGUAGUAAGGACAUACUACUUUCAGUGUUGUCAUUCUUUAAACAGACAAUUCAUGUGAAAAGGGCAGAAAGACAUUUCACUUCAUACUUACUUUAAACAGAC